AAUCUACCUCUGUGAUAUAUAUGUUGAACUAUGCUCUGAUCCUAAUCUUGUUUUUUUUAUAAAGACUGUCUUUUCCCCCUUUUCUCCCAAUUCUUGUUUGUGAUUUGUUUAUGAUGAUUACAUUUUGAUAAUUAUUAUGAUUUUUUCUUGCUUGCUGCUGCACCUGAGAUGAGAUUCCCUUGGCUUUACAGAACAUGUAUAGCUUGUGGUGAAUGCAAGAGUACUAAAAAUUGGAAACUGUACAUUGAAUUGCUUUUUUGAAAAUGAUUUUGCGGCUGUCUCUCUGAAAGAUAGAUGCUCUUUCUACAGGAAGAUCCUGCAUACAAGGACCAAAGUGAUAUCCACCAUUUGGAACAAAGUGCAAAGAAUUGAGUAUUACUAGUCGGUUCAAGCAGUUGACCAAACCAAUUCUUUUCAGCCGCUGUAAUGGCCAGUCACUUGCAGUCAGACUCCACGCGGAUGUACUCGUGGUGGUGGGAUAGUCACAUUCCUAAAAACUCAAAAUGGAUUCAGGAUAAUCUUGCAGAUAUGGAUUCCAAAGUCAAGACAAUGAUAAAGCUCAUCGAAACAGACGCAGAUUCGUUUGCAAGAAGGGCAGAAAUGUACUACAAGAAACGUCCAGAGCUCAUGAAACUAGUUGAAGAGCUAUACAGAGCUUACCGCGCUUUAGCCGAGAGGUAUGAUCACACAACAGUGCAGCUUCGUCACGCGCACAAAGCUAUGGCCGAGGCGUUUCCUGACCAGGUUCCUUUCGACAUGAUUGAUGAUUCUGCAUCAUCUACUUCUGGACCUCCUAAAGAAGAUGGUGCAACAAGUAAAAGUAGUUCAAGUCACCUAAACGAAUUGUACCAAACUUCUGAUGCUCACCAAGGAGAUAGUGAAGUUGAAAGCCUGAAGAGAACAUUGCUUGAGCUUCAGACUGAAAAAGAGGCUUUGAGUCUACGGUAUCAGCUAAGCUUGAACAAACUAUCCAGGCUUGAAAAGGAGCUCAGUAAUGCUCAAAAUGAUGUUAGAGGAUUUGAUGAACGUGCUUGCAAAGCUGAGAUUGAGAUUAAAGUACUCAAGGAAUCUCUUGCAAAGCUAGAGGUGGAGAGGGACACAGGACUUCUUCAGUGUACUCAAUCCAUGGAGAGAAUAGCGGAUUUGGAAGCAUCUGUUUCUCAUGAGCAAGAACAAGCCAGUAGUCUCACGCAAGAGAUUUCAAGAUUGCAAUCUGAGAAAGAGGCUGGCUUGGUGCAAUACAAUAAAUGCCUUGAGUUGAUAUCUGUUUUAGAGAAGAGGAUUAGAGAUGCUGAGGAGAGUGUUGAAAUGUUCAAGGACAAAUCUGAGCAGGCAGAGAAUGAAACCAAAGCUUUGAAACAAGAAGUUGUGAAGUUAAAUGAAGUGAAUGAAGACUUGAAAGUUAGAUAUCAGAAGUGUCUGGAGACAAUAUCAAAUCUAGAGAGAGAGGUUUCUCAUGCUCAAGACAAUGCCAAAAGACUUAGCAGUGAAGUUCUUGCCGGAGCUGCAAAGGUAAAGACUGUGGAGGAACAGUGUGCUCGUUUGGAGAGCUUCAAUCAAAAUCUGAAAGUAGAAGCAGACAAUCUAGCGCAAAAGAUGUCAGCUAAAGAUCAAGAACUUGUUUGGAAGCAAAAGGAGCUUGAAAAGCUACAAGAUCUAAUGCAAGAACAACAGUUUCGGUUUUCGGAACUUGAAACUAGUCUUAGAAGCUUGGAGAGUUUGCAUUCUCAAUCUCAAGAGGAGCAGAAAGUUCUCACCAUGGAACUCCAAAGCAAGACUCAAGUGUUGAGAGAGCUUGAGAUGAGUAAUCAUAAUGACUCUUCUACUAUCACCUUGCAGAUACAGAGAAAUGAGAUCUCUUGCUUGAAGAAGAUGAAAGAAAAGCUUGAGGAAGAAGUUGCAAAACAGAUGAAUCAGAGCAGUGCUCUUCAAGUAGAGAUACACCGUGUAAAGGGUUAUAUGGACAACUUGAAUAGGAGAUACCAACAACUAAUUGAACAAGUGAGACUCACAGGUUUUGAUCCAUCAGCACUGGUCUUAUCAGUGAAGAAACUACAAGAAGAGAACUCAAAGCUUCUCCAGUUAUGCACCAAACAAAGAGAUGAUAAAGACACUCUAACAAGAAAGCUGUCUGAAAUGGAUAACAUUAUAAGGAAGAAUGCUGAUUUGGAGAAGUUUCUUUUGAUAUCAAACACAAAACUAGAUGGUUCCAAAGAGAAAGCAGAGGACCUGCAAGAAAGAUUUGAGUCUUUACGAAGAGAGAGAUCUGAGCUUGCUGAUGAGAGAACAAACUUUUUUUCUCAGUUACAAAUCAUGACCGCGAACAUGCGGAAGCUCUUGGAGAAGAACUCUUUACUGGAGAGAUCCCUUUCCAAUGCAAACAUUGAGCUUGAAAGCCUGAGGGACAAGUCAAAGUGCUUUGAAGAGUUGUUCACUUUGCUCAAGAAUGAUAAGUCUGAACUCAUAAAGGAGAAAGAAUCUCUUGUGUCUCAACUGCAUAAGGUUGAGGAGAAGCUAGGAGUCUUGGAGAAGAAGUUUACAGAGCUAGAAGUAAAAUACACUGAUUCACAGAACGAGAAGAAGCUCAAGAGCAUUCAAGUGGAAGAGUUACAAGCCUCGCUUUCCACUGAGAAGCAGGAGCAUGCUGAUUAUAAAAGAUCUACUGAAAGCAGGUUAGCAGAUCUUCAGAGGAACGUGAGCCUUCUUAGAGAAGAGUGUCGCUCAAGUAAAAGAGAGUAUGAGGAAGAGCUUGACAGAGUCGUAAACAAACAAGUGGAGAUCUUCAUCUUGCAGAAGCUUAUAGAAGAGUUGGAGCAGAAGAACUUCUCUCUUAUGAUUGAGUGUCAGAAGCAUGAAGAAGAAUCUGAGGUUUCAGAGAAACUCAUAUCCGAACUGGAGAGUGAGAAUCUUGAGCAGCAGAUGGAAGCAGAGAUCUUCUUGGAUGAGAUUGAUAGCUUGAGGAGUGCAAUAUAUCAAGUGGUGAAGGCACUUCAAGUUGAAGCAGAUUGUAAGAUUACGAAAGACCAAACAUCACGUGUUGUGGAGAAGAUUAAUGGGUUAAAGUGUUCACUUUCAAGCGCUGAAUAUGAGAUGCAGAGACUUGUGGUUGAGAACUCAGUGCUCUUGUCUCUACUUGGACAGUUUCAUUCAGAUGGUAACAUGCUGGAAAAGGACAAGCAAGAGCUGUUGAAGGCGAACCGGUUGUUGAAAUCAGAACUGAUCAGAAGAGAGCAACAAGAGCAAGAGCUCAGAGAUGAAAUACAAACGGAGCAUUCAAAGUUUGAGAGGUUGCAUGAGUCAUACAUGGUUUUGCAACAAGAUCAUUCCUCUACACUCAACGCUAACAAAACUUUGCUUUCAGAGUUCUCACAACUCAGUAAUGGAAUGUGUGUAGUUGAGGAAGAAAACGAUGCAGCUCUUCAGGAAGUUGUUGCAUUGAGUAACAUGUGUGUGGUUUACAAGUCCUUUGGGUCUGAAAUGGCUGAAGAGGUCAAAGCUUUUGCUGAAACUGUUAGAGGUUUAAGAGAAAGUAAUAUAGACCUGAAGCACAAGGUUGAGACUUUAGAGGAGAAGUUAAAAGGUAAGGAGGAAGAGAAUCAAGGUCUUGAAAAGAAGCUGGAGAAGUUACAAGAAGGCCUUGAAGUGGAUAACUUCUUAAAUGGAAUCUUGGAACGUCAGGUUUUUAAUGUAGACGAAAUCUUGGAACACAGGGAAAUGGAGAUCACAGAAACAGAGCAUAUGCUCAAGGCUACACACAGUGAAAAUGAAGAGCUGCACAAAGAAGUCGAGGAGCUGAGGAAAGACAUUGAAGAAUCAAGAAACGUGAGGGGGGACUUACAGAGGCAGAUUUUUGAAAUGUCAGAUCUUGCUGGGAGGCAGGAGGAAGAGAUUAGGAAACUCAACACUUUGAAUGAAAAUUUGGAGUCAGAGAUAGAGUUAUUACACAAAGAAGUCCAAAGCCGACACCUUAGAGAAGAGUUGCUUAGUUUGGAGCUGCAAGAGAAAAGCAAUGAGGUUGGACUUUGGGACGCUGAUGCAACAUCUUUCUACUUUGAUCUUCAGAUCUCAUCUAUACGCGAAUUCUUUCUUGAGAACAAAGUUAAAGAACUCAAUGGAGUAUGUGAAAAUUUCAAAGAGGAAGAUGUUGCAAAGACGAAGAAGAUGAAACAGAUGAGAGAAAGAGUCUGCUUUUUGGAGUCUCAAGUUACAGAGCUAAAGACUCAAUUGUCAGCUUAUGAUCCUGUGAUUGCAUCUUUGGCAAAAGAUGUAAAAUCUCUUGAGAAAAGUAGUCAAGCUUUAACAAAAUUUCCUGCAUCAGACUAUCAACAAAGAGAGGAAGAAGCUUUUUGUCAUGAGCUUGAGGAAAGUGAAAGCAUCACCACUCCAGGAAAUGGAAUUGUGAUUCAGAAGGAAGUGAAGCCAAGGCUUUUAAGGCAAAGAACACGAAGGGGCUCCUACAGAAGCAGAAGCCGCAGGAAGACUGAAGAGAUACAGGUCACUGGUGAAUCUAGCCGACCAAGAUUGAAGCCUGAGAUGAGGGAAGUGAAAAAUGACAAGAUGUUUGAGUUUUCGGAAGAAUCUGCUGAAUCAGAGACGACCCUUCUCAAAAACAGUAAGAGGACAUAUCGCCUAAGCAGGAACCCCUCAAUAGAAUCAGAGAAAGUGGUUGGAGUUGUUGACAAGCAAGAGUUAUCUAGAAACAUAGAAGACAAGGCAAAGAUCAUGGAGAGACUUCUGUCUGAUUCAAGAAGGCUGUUAAGUCUCCGGAUUAGCAUAACAGAUAUGAAAAGCAAGCUGGAGAUGAACGGGAAACAAGGCAAAGUCAGCAAAGCUGAUAUAGUUAUAGUGAAGAGACAGUUGAAAGAGAUGGAAGAAGCCGUCUUGCAGAUGACAAACACAAACGAGAUCCUUUCAAAGGAAAUCGAGGAGACUUCUGGAGAUUCCAGAGAUAUAUACAGAAAAGUGAUUAUGGAGAAGUCAAGAAACGGGUCUGAGAAGAUUGAGCAGUUGCAGAACAAAAUGCAGAGUAUUGAGCAAGCGGUUCUGAAGCUUGAAGAUGGAGCUAAAAGCAAACGAAGUAGGACACUGAUUCUCUUCAGAGACAUGAUUCACAAGGGCGGGAAAAGAAGUGCAAGACAGAAGAAAAACAGGUUCUGUGGGUUUAUAAGAUCUUCUUCUAAAGAAGAGCAAGAUGGUUUAUAAGUACUAUGUGGUAAAGAUAUUCAUUGGACUGACUAUUAGAAGUACUAUUAUGGUAUGAGUUUUGAAAUAAUGGAGCGAUUUGCCUAAGAUAUAUUGUGAAAUAAAGCUAGUUCAGUGGACAAAGAAGCAUAUAUAUAUAUAUAUAUAUAGAUAUAUAUUACAAGAAA